UAACUGUAAAAAGAAAAAAGGCACAAAAUACAUUAGUCAUUCCUUUAUCCAUGGCUUCCAUAAUAAGACCAUUACAUGCAUUUUCUUCUACACUCAAACAAACAAUUCCUUCUUUAGUUCCAUGUAUUAAUUCACACAAAUCAAAUUUAGAUUAUUCAGUUUCUUUCACUUUUUGUUCUUGUUGUUCUUCACAGUUGAGACAAGUUGCUGCCUCUGUAUCAUUCAAUCCUUCUGGGAAUUUUGACCUCUCCCUUUAUGAUGACCAAGAAAAUACAGAAGUGGCACCUCCACCAAUGCCUCCAUCAGAAGGUAGAUAUGAAGUUAUAAUAGAUAAUGGCAUAAUUCAACGUCUUGACUUAUCAACAUUUCAGAAUGCAACUGGAAUAUCUUCACCCUUAUCUGCCAAGCCCAAACAGUAUCUGGAAAGGACAAUUGGCUUUACAAUAAAUUACAAAAGAGAAGACAAAUAUGAUCCAAGGGAAUUAUCAGAAUUUCCAGAUAUAAGACUAUGGUUCGUUCGAUUAGAUGCUACUUAUCCAUGGUUGCCAGUUUUAUUGGAUUGGAGAGCUGGAGAACUUGCACGUUAUGCAGCAAUGUUGGUACCUCAUCAGAUGAGUAUGAAAAUGGGAGUAGUAUUCAAUCCAGAGGCAUUAGAAUUGUUUGUGAUGAAUAAGGUGUUUGUGGUAUAUUCUUGGUUGAAGCAAAAUGAGAUUCCAAUGCCAAGGCUGAAGACAAAAGACAUGGCAAGAAUGCUUGGUUUUGGGAUUGGAGAUGAACUAUUUGACUUGAUUGAUAAACAUCCCAUUGAUCCUUCAUGAAAAUUGAAAUUAGACUUUCACAACAUAUUUUGAAAUUGUUGAAUAUAAAAUGCUUGUUUUGCUAGUAUUAGUUGUGUUGGAUUUAGUUACCCAUUUGCCAUUAUUCUCUUGUUCUAAAUAAUACAAAACCAACGAAUCUUUGUUGGUCCCUUUUCAUUUUCUCA